UUCAAUAUUUAGCGUCAUUUCCAAGAAUUAAACAAUUUGUGGACUUAUUGUGUAGUUAUAAUUCAAAAAAAUGCCGGCAGCUACAACGGAAGGGGCACAGAAGUGGAUAGUCUGUCGAGUUUGCUUGCAGCAACCGAAGGAGCCAAUGGGAAGCAUAUUUAAUGACGACGCAUCCAAAGAUUUGACAAACAUGAUUUUAGAGUGCGGCGGCGUGCCCAUUAAAAGGUUUGACCACUAUCCGGACAAGAUAUGCGACAAAUGCAAGAAAAGUUUGCACGUUGCUUUCAAGUUUCGCCGCAUCUGCCAGCGUUCCUACAAACACCUGAGGCAAUUUAUAGCGCCUGUUGAGGUGGAGCAACAGCAACAAGAACAGCAGCAGCUAAUCGAUGAACAUACAAUGGGAGUAGAUUCUAACAAUGCGGCAGCGACGACACUGUCAAAUGCACUGUCUGAUAAUGAGGAAAACAACGAUGACGAUUUGGCUAUGUUUGUAGAUUUGGCUAAAGAGAGCUUGGUCCACGUCAAGAGCGAAACGGUAGAGGAGGAUGGCAUUAUAGAGGAACUGUACGAUGUCUAUGAAGCAUAUGAAGGCGAUUUGGUGCCAGAGCAACAAACUGCCAACUAUGAGGAAGCUGACGCUGAAGAAGCCGAAGUUGAAGGGGAUAUACACACAAAUUCUAUCUCGGGACUGUCGGCAGACAUAGAGUACCUAGAUCAAGUGGAUCAGGAUCAAGAUCAGCUUACAGAAAGCGCGCAUGAAGACGAUAUGGAGACGCGCAGCACAUCGGAUGAGGAAUUUUUGCCAGUUAAGUCGCGUAGUGUAACAACGCGUUCAAGCGGCAAACGCCGCGCCACACGCAAACCAGGUCCGCUUAGUAAAGCAAGUAAAACUACAUUAACCAGAAUUAAACGUGAAAGCGCCGACAAUUCAACCCAUAUGCUGCUUAAUGCGGAUGAGGGCGUCACGUACAGCGAGACAAUUGUGCGGAAGGCCAGCGGCAUUAAGACUGGCAUUAAAACCAAAGGUGGACACAAGAUUCUAGUAGGCGAUAAAAAGGAGUUCAAAUAUAUAUGCGAUAUUUGUGGAAAUAUGUAUCCGUCUCAGAGCCGCCUCACGGAGCACAUCAAGGUGCACUCGGGCGUUAAGCCACAUGAAUGCGAAAUUUGUGGACACUGCUUUGCCCAGGCGCAGCAACUGGCGCGUCAUAUGAACACGCAUACGGGCAAUCGGCCCUACAAAUGCAGCUACUGUCCGGCUGCCUUUGCAGAUUUAUCCACGCGCAACAAGCAUCAUCGGAUUCAUACCAACGAGCGUCCCUAUGAGUGCGAUGUCUGCCACAAGACCUUUACCUACACCAAUACAUUGAAAUUCCAUAAAAUGAUACACACUGGGGAGAAGCCGCAUGUCUGUGAAAUUUGUGGCAAAGGCUUUCCACAGGCAUAUAAGCUGAGAAAUCAUAGAAUAACACAUGACCGCAGGGGCAUGGGGAUUACUCGCGAUAAUACAGAAGUUAUGUUGCCCUACGAUACAGCCACGGCUGUUGGACUGGAAAUGUAAAAUUUUCCAAAAAAAAAAGAAGAUAAACAACAAAUGAAUGCAUAUAAUUUAAGUACGCCUCUUAUUAAUCAGUUGCGCGUAGCC